AUGAGUUGUUCCUUUUCGUCAAGUGACAGCACAUGCGGUCCAACCACGUACGCACCAGAAGACGCAAGUAUCAUACCUCUUAGAGCUUGCAGGAAGGAUUUGUCUGGUUACCUCACUAGUCUAGGUGUGAGUGGCUGCCGCGGAAUUGGCACAAGCAAUAUUCUAGCCGAAUACGAACUUAUUCUUAAUCGUGCCGGCUUUUAUAACCUGUCGAGGGAGGAUACGGAAAAAAUGACGAUCUGUCCAAAGCACAGAUACGAGCUUUCUACACAUUUCCAGCAGCUUCCACCUAGAUGCUCGUAUCCAAUUCACAGAGGCGAAAAGAAAUCCCUGAAAAACCCUCGUCGGGUAAACAAGAAGGUCUCAGAAGAAAUGUUCAGCCUAUAUCAUGUGAAAGUUCCAAUUGGUUCCGGUAUGUAUAAUCCAUCUUUACGCCUGUGUCUAAUUUUGCUUUGUUUUAAUGUUUGUGUUUUUCUUUCAUUUGAAAUUAACAAGCUAUGCACCCUAAGAUACCGUGACAAAUUAUACAAGUAAUAGGUGAGGCGAGAUAUAUGUGGUAACCAAAAAAAAUUUGUUUCAGUUAUCUGUAGCAAUUGUCGAAAACAGCAUGGGAGGAUGUCCCAAGAACGUACAACUUGCGACAGCAAAGACGAGCUGGAGGUUUGAUAUGAUGUUUUAAACUUUUUACAAAACUCAGUAUAUUUUUUCGUGACAAAUCCUAUGCUUUGUAAUUAGAUUUUGAUAAUUCAAUAUUCAAAUGUUUACACAGGUGUAAUGAGCUGGAUGAAAUCCAAUUUUUUCCAACAGCUCUCCCAAUGAGGGUGUUCUCUCUCUUUCGUUGGUGAUCGUAAUUGCACAAUAUGCAAAGUAAUUUUGAAUAAUCUCCCGAAUAUGAAACUGUUGUCUUUUGAAAGCAAGGCAAUUUAAUUCUCAUAGUUUUUCGGACAAUUUUAUUUCCGAAGCUUACAUCACUAGGGCGGUUGAGUACGUCUAUAAUGAUCUCGUAACGAUAAUCAAAGCAUUGUAAAAUAAGAUAGGAAUGUUUUAUUAAAUUGUAAACCGAAGCAUGUUAGUUGACCGUCUUCAUAAAUAUUUCCCUUAGCCAGAAAGGGUAUUAUUAAAAAUUCAAUGAAUAAUUAUACCUGGGGGGAAGGGGGAGGGACUCUAAUAUGAAAGGGGCGGGGAUGCUCGUCGUCUCGCUUAGGGGUGUAAAUUUCAGAUUUUGGUCUCGCUUAGGGUGUUCUGGGCAAGACACCAUUAUAUUUAGCCGUAAAGGUCUCUUUUAGGGUUGCACUUGAAGAAAUGUUAAAAAAUUAUGUAUUUUCAAUUCGUUUUAUUUACUCGAUUUAUGUAAUCAAAGUUUAAAAUGAUCGCUUUUAGGGGUCAAAAAAAAAGGUUGGGCCACGCUCAGAUUGGUCUUCUUUAGGGGUUUAAUUCCAAAUUUCCGACAAGCAUCCCCGCCCCUUUCGAAUGGGAGUCUCCCGCGGGUAAUUAUAGCACAUCGGUGUUACGUGACCUAAAAGUAUAGUGGAAACUCGAUAUGACGAAAGCAUUUAUUACUACGUCCUCGGUAUAACAAACGAUAUUCUUCACACCAGUAAAGAGUAACGUCCAUGGAAAAUAACCCCCGAAAUGUGAUUUAGUAUAGCGAGCAUAUAUUGGCAUUCCCUUAACCAUCGUCAGUUAUAUCGAGGUUCCACUGUAUUCGUGAAAUCAAUUUGACUCAUCAUCCCGGUCACGGUCAUACGAGGAACAGCAGUGCAAAAACGGAAAGAGAUAAUUCCGUUGUUCACGUUUCAUUACAUUCCCGGAAUUGACCAUAACGGGACAUGUGACAGAAAUACCGUAUUUAUUCGAAUAAGCGCCCAACCUCGAAUUAGCGCCCACCUCGAAUAAGCGCCCAUCCUAGAGGCAGAAAAAGUUAAUAAGCGCCCAGCCUCGAAUAAGCGCCCACCCCACCCUACUCCCUCCUACAAAAAUUCCAAUAAGAUAUAAUAAGAGACCCUCCCGAAGACGGAGUUUUCUUCAAAGUAGUAUUCUACAGAAACCUUGCUUUGCUACAUCUUCGCUUUUUAUUAUUAGCGUUUACUAUUUUGUUGCAAAAUAUACUACUAAACUUGAGAAUGGUGAAAAUUUAAUAAGCGCCCAGCCUCGAAUAAGCGCCCACUCUCAGGGUCCAAAAAUUUAAUAAGCGCCCAGGGCGGUUAAUCGAAUAAAUACGGUAUUUAUUUUUCAAAUAAAAGGCGAAUUGAGUCUAUCGAUUUUUAUUAUGUUAAUUUUAGAAGGUUAUGAUAAAUUAUCGCAAAGAUGUGUAUCAACAUUCUUGAGUAUUUUUUACGAAGACGGGUGAGAGAUGAAUAAGGAUUGUCGUUGGAGAGUCGCUAAAGGUAGCGUUCAAACUUUUGAGAGGGAUUUGAUGACUAGUAUAGAUCAUUUGUUCAAUCCACGCGUCAGUUGCAAGUUUGCUACAAGUAAGUAAGUUACCGUAUAAUUAACACAAUUUUUAGGAACAAGGAGAUGAAAGUAAUGACACUGGAAGCAAAAUAAGUCCUGUGGAAGAGGCUGAAGAAACAAAUUUAAACGCUGCAUUUGCUUUUCUGGAAGUUUCAUCAGAUCCAACUUCACGACACGCAGAGGUUGAAAUCACCUUGGAUAGGACCGUUUGUAGCAUUGAAGACGACGAUCAGGAAGUCAGUUUUUGGAUAGAUGAAGAACAAAGUCAUCAGGAAAGUCGCAUAGUUUUGAAUGAAGCCAUUUCACGUAUCACAGAGGGAAGAGUCAGUCCAAUAGCAUCGUCUCUCUGUUCGAACUGGGAAAGUACAUCAAGCUCACAAAAAUGUUAUUAUUUGCGAAAAGUACGCCAGGUUUUCUCUGCGGUUCUCUCAACAAUUGCUCCAGAUCAAGAAGAUGAAGUAUUUGAAGCUCUGCUGCGUUCUUCAGGCUAUGACAUUCAAGAGAAAACCCGCAAUGAUGUUAAGGAAAAUGCUUUUAGCAACGAAAUUCCAAUUUUGCUUGAAGCUUACAACCAAUCUGAAAGUCGUCAUACUCGACUACAAAUUCUAUCUAUGUUUUCCAGACAUUUUUCGAAACGGGAACUCCGGGAGAUGAUUCCAGGUCUUAGUAAAUGGCAAAUCGAUCGUGCUCGGCGUCAUGCCGCUAAAGAAGGACCAGGGCAUCAAGUGGUACCGAUACCGAUAAAACGAACACGCCUUGAUCCCGUAAAGACAAGCCACUUUGUGAACUUUAUCGCCAGACCAAAUUUCCUUCAGGACGUUGCUUAUGGCACUAAGGAACUGAAGCUUGAUUCGGGAGAAAAAAUCACUAUUCCAAACGUAAUCAGGACAAUGGUUUCCUCCCGGUUAAUAAGACAAUACAUCUCGUUUUGCCAAGAGACAGGCUUUGAACCUGCAAGUGAACGAACUUUGUACAGGAUAAUUGACGUUUGUUCCGCUUCCAAGCAGAAAUCAAUGCAGGGGCUGGAUUAUUUUUCAACGGAAGGAGCACAAGCGUUUGAAACCCUCCAAGUUGUCGUCAAUACUCUUGAGAAAGGAGGCGCUGAUUCCACUUGGGCUAGGGAGAUGUCUAAAACGCUGCAGGAGACCAAAAGAUAUUUGAAAACCGAUUACAAAAGUCACGUGGGACAAGAGGAGAGAUGCGCGGAUCACUGCACGAAUUUUAGUCUCAGUGACCCUCAGAACGAGGCCUUCAGGCAGCAGUGCGACCACAUUCACAAUGAAUUAUGCAACUAUUGCUGCAAACUGGAUGAAGUUCUCAGUAACAUUAUGAACAUGAUAAAUUGUCCAAAUGUGACUCUCACAGACCAACAGCAGAGUCAAGUGGCGUUUGACCUUACCCAUGCAGUGGAAGCAAUCCACGAUUGGAAAGCUCAUCUUCUUCGAUCCAUUAACCAAGAACAAGCUAAGCAGGACGUUCUCAGUGCAUUGACUGACGACAGCGUUUUAAUCAUAAUGGACUGGGCCAUGAAGUACCUUCCGAAAAGAUACAGAGAACAAAUGAGCGACUUUUAUGGUAAACGGGGGAAGAGUUGGCAUGUUGCUUGUGUUAUUUUCAGGUCUGGUAGUGAAAGUCACUCGGUAGAAACCUUCGUUCAUGUCUUCGAUACUUGCACCCAAGACUGGUUUUCUGUUGUUUCUAUUCUGGAGCACCUCCUUUCAACUAUUAAAGAAGAGCACAAAAAUGUAUCGACGGCUUAUCUUAAAUCUGAUAACGCAGGCUGCUACCACAAUGCCUCAUUAAUUACUUCUCUCAAAUCUAUUGGAGAAAGAGCAGGAAUUCACGUUCGAAGAUUUGACUUCUCUGACCCACAGUCAGGGAAGGACAUUUGUGAUCGCAAAAUAGCACCGAUGAAAGGGCAUAUCCAGCGAUGGGUCGAUGAAAGGCACGAUGUAAUUACCGCAGGUGACAUGAAGGAAGCGCUGGAUUCUCAUGGUGGAGUGCGUGGAUGUAGGGUGGCAGUAUCGGAGGUUGAUAUUUCAAAGGCGAGUGAGACGGUAGAAUGGAAAGGGAUAAGUACAUUGUUCAAUUUUGAGUUUUUAACUACAGGAAUCAAGGCGUGGAAGGCUUAUGGAGUCGGUGAGGGUCAGCUGUUUUUAUAUGAGAACCUAACUCAGUGUCUGCAAGGACCAACAUGUCUUCGCGUCAUUAUCCCUUUUACGACCAACAAGGCAAAGGCUCAGCCAAGUUUGAUGUCGAAAACAAAAGGUCCCGUAAUAUGUGAGGAUCUUUUUAUGUGUGAAGAGGAAGGAUGUGUCGCCUUCUUUCCUACCCAAAGCGAUCUACAAGUUCACAUGGACACUGGGCGACAUAUCAUGGUUAUGGAACGUGAAAGUACUUACGAUUUGGCACGAAAAAAGUGGGCAGAAAAAGUGACAGGAGUUCAACUAUCGCACUUUGCUGGAAAAGCAGGAGUAACACAAGAAGGCAGCGGCACGGUCACUUUAUCGAGGAAAGAACCACUCCAGGGCUGGGCUUUAAAGAAACAAAGGAAAGGCCAGCGAGCAACCAAGAAUGUGAAGAACUUCCUGCUUGAAAAGUUCAAUAGUGGAGUAGAAACAGGUAACUCGACUAACAAAUUUUUCCGCUUUACCCUUGCGGUUUGGUUUCUAUUUGAACUACUGCUUUUAAACGUAAGGUAAAUCAAGUGUAUAGAGAGCAAGUUGAAAUAAAAACCAAUCAUGGCCAGAAAUUGAGGACAAAAUGGCGCUGGAGCAUGCUCGUCAUUUACUUUUCCCGUUCUUUAAAUAUGGCGACCAUAUGAAGGAUGAAUGGGGAGAAAAGAAACUUUUAAGGAUAAAUAAAGUUAGACGAAGAAUCGCUCACCUCCCCACGUCUAAACCUUCGCGAGGCGAUCGUGGCUUUCAGUCAUGUUAAUUUGCCAAUGUGUCAAGCUCCCAAAGUUGGUUCGUGAGUCCCAAUAAAAAGAUGGCUUUCCUUGCCAUACAAGAGUCUGUAAUAUUGCCUAAGCGCUUCUCUUCAAGCAAGAAAAAAGGUAAAUUAGAUGUCGGUGUUUCCUCCUUUCCCACGUCCUGUUUCUUGAGGGAUAUGUUUAUCUUCAUUUUUGUAGGGUUUUAAAGGUCUAACUUCUUUGCUAAACCAGUUCGUUUUUUCCGUGAAAUAUAGCAAUUCCAUAGAGUGAAUCUCUGCGCCAUUACUGCACGAAGCGACCGAAAAAGAAGGCACUUUGGAGACUUUUUCAAACGAUAACUUCGAUCAGCCGCCAUUUUCAAAACAGAGAGGUUACCAAGCCAGAGUGACACAGGGAGCCCCGUUUUGUCAAGAUCGGACGAUCACAGGAAAGCAUCAGCCGAGAGUUGAUGCUUGUCUAAUAGGGACUCAGGGUAGAUUUUGCACAGCUUGGACUUUAGAACCAGUGUUAGGUUUCGCAUUUAUUUGUUUUUACAUAUGUCAAGUAGAAUUACUUGAGGCUAGUAAAUUGUUAAUCUACAGCACGGUAAAAAGUAUACGUUCGCUUCCCCGCCAUUUUGCAAAUGUAUAAAUCGUCAUUAGCUAUUGAAAAUCCCUAAAAAUGAGCCUACGGUCAAAACCGCUGGCUGUCCUCGAUUUCUGGCCAUGCCUCGUAAAUUUCUGCCCAAUAAAAUACCCCAUGCAGUUAAAGAAAAUACGCAACUGAAUUAAGCCCGUGAGGGGAACGUGUUUUAAGUUGAGUUCAGUCCUGUCAGUUCAGUCCUACCUCAGUGUAUCGUGAUGAAAGUCUUUAAAAAUAUGAUUAAGUGUUUUCUUAUUACAGGAAACAAAGAAGACCCAGUCAAAGUAGCAAAUGAAAUGCGCUCACUCAGGGAUGAUAGUGGAAAACUUCGUUUUGCUCCAGAGGAGUGGCGAACAGCAAAACAAAUCAGCAGUUACUUUUCACGACUCGCUGCUGCACAACGUCAAAAUAAGGCUGUUGGAAAACUCCUGGAUGAAGCUGAAAACAUUGACGAAAACGACUUGCAGACUUGGGACAACGAGCAAAGGCUGAGGGAGUUACAAGAAUCAUUAUACGAUCAAGUGGAUUUGCGUCAUCCCAUCAUUUAUGAUGGUCACGACAUUUGUAGUCUUGCUAAGCGGGGAAAAUUACAGGCAAAGUUUAAGGUCGAUCAACUAAAAGAGAUCUGUGACACGUUUGGGGUAGUUAUCGAAGGGCCUGUUGGUCGUAAGAAAUCAUAUAUUACUCCCAUUGAGGCCCUUGUUAAAACAUGCAGCUGCUCUAAAUAG